CAAAAUGUCAUGCGUAUUAGAGGAUUUAGGGAGAGUAUUCCCAAAGAAAUCAGUUUUACUAAAAACUUAUAUGUUGGGAUGUUUUUACUUGUUUUAUUAAACAAUCAAGCCUGAAGAAAAAAAGAAAGAUAAAUAAAAAAUAACAGAUUUAAGACCAAAUGUUAUAAGAAAUCAAUCUCAACGAAAUUUAUAUUAAAUGAAAACAAUGCAUGAUCAAUAGAAAUAAAUAAAGAAAUAGUAAAAUACUUGUUAUGGUUUAAUGGAAUUGAGUAAAUAAUUAAAUUAAAUUAGGAACGUCCAUAUUCUGUCCUCAAGAAUAAAAAUUAAGCAAUUCAACUUUUUAAGUGGUAUGAAAGUUACAUAUAUGUAGCAUAUACUUGAAAUACAUUCUAAAAAAUUCUAAAACUUUUGUUUGGAUGACUUAUCAACAAUUGAAAGUGAAUUUAUCCCUGAUCUUAAAUUUGAUCUUUAAAAUCAUUCACCAGUUGAUAUGACUCAAAGCUGCAUGUUUUGAAUGACUAUUUUC